AUGGCGGAGUAUUUGGCGUCGAUCUUUGGUACAGAGAAAGACAAGUAAGUCAAUCCAGGGUCGUAGGCGAUCCAUUUUCAUGUUUUAAAUAAAUAAGAUUUAUUUUGUUCAGGUUUGAGUUCCACAAGCGCAGGACUUUAGCGACUGUUGUGUUGUCAGAUCAGCUUAUUACUGCAACCAUCUAUUUAGCUAAGAGUUUCCAAAAUAUAAGCCUGUAAGAUCUGAACGUCCAUAUUGUCCACAAAUUUUGUUUCUUGUGUUCCAUACAGGAAACUUCCUAUUACUUUUAGAUAAUUUUACAGUCAAACCAGGUCAAGCGUUCCCGUCGCUAACAAACUAAUGAAUUCAUUAAUGGAAAAAUGAUUUCGUUUGUUGAUUCAAUAAUCCAUUCAUAAAAUGAAUAAUCCAACAGUCAAAUUGGACCUCGAUUCAAUAAUCAAAUGUUGAUUUGGUUUAUGAACAAAAUCUACCUGUUCUUUAUUCUUGUCUGUUGUGUUCAAUCGUAUUUGCUUCCUUUUUCCUGCCGUUUACGAUUGCGUUUUUCAUUGCCUUUAAUCAAAAUAACAGCUAGAGUAGACAGACCGCAAACGCAAAGAAACUAUGAGAAACUGACAAAGGCCGAGGAUCGAAAUCCACCAAUCACCGCACAUACACUGACCUUAGUUUGACCAUUGUGUUUUCUAAGAGGUCAGGCCUAGGUCUGUUGCACUGAUUACUGGCAGCAAACUGGCGUACAUGUAACAGUUUGUUUGGGUUUGAACUUCAGAACUCGCCAGCACUCGACUCUCAGAAAAAAAAAGAGGAAAAAACAAAAUUCUGAGGUCAACUUGUGGAAAGUGUAGUUUUUCAAAAAACAGUAAUCGAAUCAACAUUCGAUUAUGGAAUUGUUCAUUUUAUGAAUGGAUUAUUGAAUCAAAAACGAAAUCAUUUUUCCGUUAAUUUUUAGUUACAAGAAACCUGUCCCUGUAUGAAAACGAACCCCAACCCCAAUUUUUGUUACACAACUAUACCUUCAAAGUUUAGCUUGUCGGUCUUAUAUAAAAAGCCCCUUCUAAACGAUCAAAUAUUAUAUUUCCUCAAACGUCGUGUCUGAAAAGCAUGUUUUACCGUUCACAAACCAAUGUUUGAUCGUUGAGCCACCCCAUGGCCAUGUUGUGCAUGACAAAUACAAUGGUGGACGAAAAUGUUUGAUUGUUUAGCCCAGGCCUUAGCCCGGUGUAGUUUGACAAAACCAAGACAAGUUAUGAAUUCUUCUAUAUUACUUUGUGUAGUUUAUUAUGUGAGAAAUGGAAGAAGGUUGUAGAUGGUAAUAUGUGGGAAAAAUUGAUUAAGGAGGCAUGUAUACUUCUGUGUGUGCUAAAUUGAUUUUCCACCUGUUUAGAGUAAAUUGCUCUUUCUACUUCAAAAUUGGUGCUUGUCGCCAUGGAGAAAGAUGCUCAAGACUUCAUAACAAGCCCACUUUUAGCCAGGUGUGUACCUUUUAACCCUUUAAGUCCCAAUAGGGACCAACAGCAAUUUUCUCCUAACAAUGUCCAUACAUUGUCAAGAGAUAAGAUUGUGAGAAUAUAAAAAAUGACCAUGAAAGAGAAAAUGCCUUGAUCUUUUAUUAAAUUCUCUCAACUAAUUCUUAAAGGAAAUGUAUGGAGAUCAGUUUGGAGAAUUUGUAUGUGGAUACUGGGGCUCAAAGGGUUAAUGGAACUUAUUCGUUUUUGUCUGGAUUAGAAUGAAAUUAUGUUAUGUGUGUGCCUUAGGGUGGAUUUCCACUGUCGUGGAAAUUAUUUUCAGUUACGCGUACAUACACGUAAAUUUUACUCAUGUAAAUAAAAUAGAGACAUGGUAUGAAGUGUUGUGCUUAAACAUGAAGUUGAGCGAGAUUAAACUUUCAAGCGUGGUGUUUCAUACAUUACCUCUCUUUUACUUGCGAACGUAAAUUGCACACAUACACACAUAAAAAUUAAACGGCAGUGGAAAUCUUAGGCCCAGUUCAAACACUGCAUUUCACACUCACAUGUGCUGAAUUUCAUGUUUACGAGGAAAAUCUAUCAUUCUCCUAAUUUGCAUUAGAUUUGUCACUUGUGAAAUGCACCAUUUUAACUGGACCUUUGGACAUUCGUCUCAACAUAAAUACAAACUGAACUUCACUGUUAAUGUGUGAAAUGUUUGGUACUCUGUUAGUAAGAUAUACCAUUUUAUAGAAUGAGAGAAAUCAAAAGAGAUUUUUUAUUCUAUUUUUUAACAUUAAUAGUCACAAAAAAACCUUCAUUGAAUAAAAGUUGUUAAAAUAUUUACAAGGAAGCCUAAUGAAGCUUAAGUAUAUUAAUGUUCCAUUUGAAACUAAAUUCAUGGCUCAAUGCAGAGUGAACAAGAUCAGAAAAUUAUGCGACAGAUCGGCUGUCAGUGAGAUAAUUCUUCAAAUUUUUUUUAAAAACAAAUAUAGAAGGAGAGCUAAUUAGUGAAACAGGCAACGAAUUGAUGAACGAGAUAUUGCUAACCUAAAAAUUACCUGUCUAAGCCAUCCUUAAUAUAUGUCAUGUUAACAUGGUCUCUUUUUGUGGUAAUAUAUUUUGGUUUGCAGACCAUUUUGCUGCAAAACAUGUACCAGAAUCCUCAGAGUGCAGCCCAGGUUGCAGAUGGGACAAGUAAGCAUUACAGAAAACUCUUUUCCCCAGAAAAGAAGUCAAAAGUUAAAGCCACCUUACAGUGCAGCUGGCUUGUGUUAUACCUUAAAAAAAUGAAUGUUUUUUUCAAAAUUCUACAUUGUAUGUUUUCCUAAUUUAGUAGGGUGAUAUUUGAUACGAGCUUUUCUCAAGACAACAUGAAGAAUUUGCCCAAUAAAAUUGGGCCAGAAAAUUUUGUGUAUUUCAUUGUGUCAGAAAGGAGCAGUUCUUUGUGGUGGAGAAAUGACAUUUUGUCCAGAACAGAUUUCUCUUAUUUGUUUCUCUUCUUUCUUCUUUGUCCUGUGUCUUUUUUUUUUAUACACUGAUAAAAAUGAUUAUUUCCAACAGCAACUCACAAGUUCAGGGAUUCAUAUGAAUGAACAAGAAUGAGAAAGGCACAUAAAACAAAACAAAAUUCGUGAAAGGUUGCUUCUCUCACGUACAAACACUUAAUUCUCUGGUUAAGGUGGCUCAAUAAGGUUUUCUGUUUCAAGGCCUCCUAAGUUUGAGUAUAAAGUACGCCCCCAUUAACAAAGAUUUGCAAUAAUUACCACCACAGCUGUAUUAGAUAAAGAUGAAAAUUUGUUAUGAUCAGGGUAACAGUGAUAUCAGAGUUGUCAUAGUAAUGAAAUGAAGCAAUUACCUCAUCUUUAUCUAAUACAGCUGUGGUGAUAAUUUUUUCAAAUCUUUGUUAAUGGCGACAUAGUUCAUGGUCAAAUUUAGGAGUUAUUGACCCUGAAAAACUCUAUCAAGCCACCCUUAAAGUAAUUCACAGAAAUUUCAUGUCCUCUUUACUUUGUUAUCCACAGGUAGUGCAAUAUCCGAUGUGGAAGCCCAGGAACAUUAUGAUCGAUUUUUUGAGGUGUGCAUUUUCCUUUAUGAAUUUUUUACCAAGGCUGUGCUCUAAGAAAAUUGAAGGGAGCCCAUCCAUGUAGAGUAGCUCACCAGGGUGCCCAGUGUAGGGUUUCUGUAUUAAAACUAAGAUAUUCUAGUCUCCUAGGAGAAAAAGUUUGGUACCAGGGGCAACCACGUACUGCUAUAGCAAAGCCUUGUUAUAGUUAAAAAGUCUUAACAAAACCGUCUUGUGAUGAAUUCAUUGACUUGCAUUUUUUUUUUCUGUAGGAUGUUUUCUUGGAACUUGAAGAGAAAGUAAGUUGGAUCAUUAAAUUUUGUUUCACACAGCUCUGGAGAGCAAGCAAGCUUUUGUCAAUAAAUUAAGUAUUACAAGCACUAAAGAGUGGGUAGCAAAGUUGUUCAAGCAAUAAUUUAACCCUUUAAGCCCCAGUAUCCACAAACAAAUUCUCCAAACUGAUCUCUAUACAUUUCCUUACAGAAUUAUUUGGGAGAAAUUGAUAAAAGAUGAGAGAUUUUUCCCUUUGUGCUCAUUUGAUUAAUUCUCACAGAUGUUGCACUUGACAAUCUAUGGAUAUUAUUAGGAGAAAAUUGAUGUUGGUCAAUAUUGGGACUUAAAGGGAAGUACCACAGAAGGCAAAUUGUGUACAGUACUUGCUGUCUUGCAGUACAACAUUCCCUCCUCCCUACCAGAAGUUAAGGGGUAUGGUUAUCAAACCCUUGUAUGCCCCAAAUGUUAAUUUUGCUUGCUGCUGUUGUUUCAGUAUGGUGAAAUUGAAGAAAUGAAUGUGUGUGAUAACCUUGGAGACCAUCUUGUUGGCAAUGUCUAUGUCAAGUUUCGCUAUGAAGAAGAUGCAGAAAAAGCUGUGAAAGACCUUGAUAAUCGCUGGUACAAUGGUAAGAAGCAGAUUUGACAGUAAGUUAUCAACAUGGUAGUGCACCUGUUGAAACAUAAAAUUCAGUGUUUGUAUUGAUCAUAAAGGUUGCAUAAAGGUUGAGUUGCUUGUGCAUGAAAUUUUCAAGCAACCGGCAUUGUCAGGACUAAACCUAUAUGACAUGCUUUUUAUUGCUGUAACUCUAUGUUGCAACAAUGUCUUCUGUUGCCAUUUGGUCCAUGGUUUGAAAUGACAUUUAUCAGCUAAAUCCUGCUUACUAAUGUUGGUUUAAUUUGUGCACACUCUCUUUCCAUCAACCACAUGGUGAUCAAAAUGUUUCUAAAAAUCACUGUCUUUUGAAAGCUCCCUAGUAAUUCUUAGCAUGGACUGGUACAUACACUGUUGCAGAUUUUGGUGGCAGUCUCUUGCAGUUAAAGGGAGCAUUUUGUUAUUGAUUUCUCUGUCAUUUUUUUCAGGUCAGCCCAUUUAUGCUGAGCUGUCUCCUGUUACGGACUUUAGGUUAGCACAUCAACCUUGCUGUUACUAUGUUUCAGAUUGUACAAAUUGGGUUCAUUAGAGCAUAAUUUCAAGCAAGACAUAUAAUAUUCCAUUAACCUCCAAUAGUGACCAGUAUCUAAUUUCUCCUCACAGUAUCAGGGCAUAGUCAAAGAAAGAAGGCAUGAGAUUUAAGACAAUGAUCGUGCAAAAUCAAUUGUUUUUUAUUGGCGUCUUCUCCCAACUAAUGCCAUAAGAUAUUUUUGGAGGCCAGUUAGUAGAAUUUGAAUUUUGAUAUUGUUGCUUAAAGGGUUGAUGGGAGCAUGGACAUUGUGAGAGGUUUCUUGUACAAGUAAGGGGGCAUUUAGAAGAAAAGCUGUCUGUAGUGUAAUGAUUUCAUUCAGCCUGUUCUUUGCUUGCCAAAUUUUAAAACAUAUUGUUUCCUUUCCUUUUUGUUUUAGGGAGGCAUGCUGCAGACAGUAUGAAAUGGGGUAAGCCUAAAAUAUUUCCCACUUUUGUUACAUGUAGUUAGUCCAUUGACAAUCUCAAACUUAUAGUGUACACUAACAGUAGUUCCAUACUAGUGCUGUCUCUUUUUCAUUUGUUUUAUAUUUGUAUUAAGUUCUUCUCCUGAAUUAUAUGAUUUUGGAUCCUAAGUGAAGCUUGCAGAGAGCUUGUACUACACAAAUGUAGUCUUUAAACUUGAAGGGGACACUCAAAGGGAUCACAAAGAGUGUACCUCAAAGAUCCAAGAUGGUACCUACAUGUACACUUUAGCACAGCCUCUUUUGGAAUCCAACAAGGAUGGUUGGUGCUAAUUACUGCCUCAGAUUCAUCUUUAGAAAUUCAGAAUGUGUAAGUUAAGUGAUUUACACUGUAGAAAAAGAUUCAUGGCACAGCCUUUUUGGGAAUCCAACAAGGAUGGUUGGUGCCAAUAACUGCCACAGAUUCAUCCAUAGAAAUUCUGAAUGCGUAAGUAAAGAGUGAUGAGAAAUUUUAUUUGACAACUUGUGGCAAAUGUUCAGGACUUGGUCUGUUGUCAACUGUACUGUAUGCAAUAUUAGGGAGUUUAAGCAAACAGGACUGUGAUGAGGAUGGCAAUAGGGAUGUCAUGUAUAGUUAACAAAUUGAUGCCAGUCUUUUAUGUGUCUGUCCUCUAAUUGAUGAUAAAUUGAUGUUAUAACAUUGUCAAAGUGUUAUGGAUCUACUAGCUGAGGCUGUCUUCUUAUGAUGUCAUAAAAUUGUCAAAGUGUUGCAGAUCCACGAGCCACAGGCGAGUGGAUCCACAAUAAAAUUUGACAACAAAAAUAAUUAUCAUCAAUAAGAGGACGGCAAUUUGGUUUUGUAUGCUGACGUCCGAACCCCACUGUUAAACAUGUAAAGAUAUAUUGUAAAGGCGGUACGUCUGUUGUCCUCUCAUCCAUGACUCCUCCCUUCCUUCCUUCCUUCCUUCCUUUUUACAAUAACAAAGGCUAGAAUUUAUGACUUUUUUAAACUAGCGCAAUGUAUUGUCAAUAACUUUUCUCGCUUGGUGAUUGGCCACUGAAGACAAGUAACGAAGUUUCAUUGGCUAAAAAUUUGACAGGUUGAGUCAUGCCACUGCCUUGCGUAAAAUUCUUAGGAAUGAUAUCAGCGAUGUUUAUUGUCUUGGAAAAUGGAGGCAUUUCUGGGGUAGUACAAAGUCAUAAACUAGCCCAAGAAAUUUUGGAGCCAUUAAAAUAACUGAGCAAGUCAAAGUGUUGUAUGGUUGAGCUGUCUGUAGAGCAACUAGUCCUGCAGUUUAGAAAAAUUGCUAACCAAACAGUGCGAACAAGUACCGUGUACCUGUUGUUUGCUUCAGUUCAGGUUUUUUUUUUGUCCUGAAUGCCAUUCAGCUAUAUGAACAGUGUACAAUUAAACCGAAAGGUGGUUUUUAUUCACAUGCAGUCUUCAAUUCAACUUUCCAGGUGCUUACAAAGUUUCACAAAGUUUGUACAAAAAGUUUGUUUUGCUUUUGGAAAAAAUGGAUCCGAAAAAUGCACAGUGUUUGUCAAAAGAAAACUACUAUUAUUAAUGUCUUUAGUUUGAAUAAGCUAAACUUUCAGAAUUGUUUUCGUACUUUUUUUAGCUUUUCAACUCUGUAUGAAAAUUAAAAGCUUAGCCGAAUCACAGUUUUGAAGCUGUACAAAUUCUAGCAAGUUGUCUCGGCUUUUGGUUGCAUCAGAGCUAUUUAGCUAAUUUUGUCUUAGUGACAGAAAGUGAAUCUUCUACGAAACUUAAAAAAGAAAAACAUUGAAAUUUGGCCUUCGUUUGGCAAAUGACCGUGUCUUGCAUAAUUAAAAUUUUGUGUCUGUUCUCUUAUUGAUCAUAAAAAUUAGCCAAUCAGAGCACAAGAAAUAAUUCAGCUAUUGUAAAAAAUGGGAAAAGUAAAAUUUUCCAUCAAGUGUUUACACCCUCUACAACGAAAUAUAUGUCCAUUUGAGAGUUUCAUGUUGUAAAGUGCUGUGAUGGUGAGAGUUGUUGUUUUGGUUAUAAAACCUAUCGCUAUGACUUCACUGUCUGUCGUGGUUGCUUAAACUUCCUAUUAUUUCAUGCCCACUGAACACUGCUUCUUUCUUUUCAAUUGCUGUACUCAAAGUUCUUUUCUUUCUGAUACAUACAUACCAACAUUUUAUUUGUAUUUUAAGAAUGAUUUACAAUUAUUGUAACAUACCCGCGGGUAGCUAAGCUAAUCUAGGCGGGUCAUAUUUUCAGGAAAUAAAUAUAACUAGAAGUCGCAAGAGACCUAAAAAAGAUAGAAUUGACAUAAUGAGUAGAGACUUCUGUAAUUUUUUAAGCUGAUGCCCCUAGCAGGCUGUUUCUGAUUGUAUGAUCCCCUCUGUUAUGCAGUGAAUGCACACGAGGAGGGUUUUGUAACUUCAUGCAUCUGAGGCCUAUAUCUCGGGACAGCCGGUAAGAGUGUCUGGACUACUCAGCGUAAUCAAUUGUAGUCUUCUUGUAUAUUCCUAGAGAGUGUACUCGUGGUGGGUUUUGUAACUUCAUGCACAUGCGGCCUAUUUCAAGAGACUUGCGGUGAGUUGGGUGGAAGGGACAAGAGUGGGAAUGGGGAGCAUAAAUGGGAACGGAAAAGGAAAAAAGUGGGAUCCAGAAAAUGAUUGAAAGGUGGCAAAAAUACAUUUUAUGGGAAACGUUAGAGAUCUUUAGAUUUGAGGAUGAAGUUUUUUCACAUAUUCUCAAAAAAUAGUCACCCCAGAAAGCUUUAUUGUUUGUUUUUUUUUUUCACCAAAAAAAUCAUCACUGUUAUCUUUAUUGAAGGAAGUUAAGCCCUCUCCUGAUCGCAAAAUUAUAAAACCUUUAACAUUUGAUACCUUGUCCCACCAGUACAACAUUCUCGCUAAAACUAGAAGUAGAAUGACAAUGGCUUUCAUGUUUUCCGGCCAAAGUGACUCGUACUCAUAGUCGAUCUCAUCUUAGAAUCUAAAGCUCUCUAUCAUAAGGAAGUUUGGGACCCAGCGUAUGGACAACCUCUGAACAGGGUCCUUGGACUACACCUGCUAAGACAGCCCUCUGUCCGGCCUAUCUUCUUCAAGCAAAAACAGUUACCUGCUUUUUUCCUUUGAUUGUUUAUUAUUAUGCCUGGUCCUAUGUAACCUAAUCUUGUAUUCCCACUGAGGAAUAAGGUUGAUAAACACUGUACUUUAGAAAUGUGGGAAUCUCAAAAUUAAUGGUCCGAGCCAUGAAAUUAGGGUUAGUUAGAUUUAAAAUGUUCUCAAUCUUCCUGGGUGAUCUUCGCUGUUAAUUUUGUGUUCUGAGACAGCUAGGGACCACUUGGUCACAGUUCUGUUAAUUUUUUUGGAUAACUUCCAACUGUCUGCUUCAUUAAGUUACUGGUAUAUUUUUAAAGGGAUGUUUAUGGCAAAGGCCUGUUUAGGGGCAUACUAAGAACUUUAAUAGUAACAUCAUUUCUGCAUUCUGUAUUAUAUAUUUGUACUUGUUUGUGAUUACAAAUAGUUAAUUUUUUACAUACAGGCGAGAGUUGUAUGGUCGCAAUCGUCGCAGAAGGAGGUAUGUCCCUUUUCUUUUUGUAACUUGUAGUUUGAAUUGUCAGCUGUUUUGAAGGCAGCUUCCAAUGGAAGAAUUGGUGCCUACUUGACACUUGUAUUAAAUAAUUUAUUAAUUUAUUAAAAAGAACAUCCAAGUUUUAAUCUUUGCCACCUGCGACACUGGUUCUCUUGCCCACUAUUAUGAAGGAUUUUGACUGGGCCUGCAACUAGAUGGUACCACUUUUCACUCAUUCCCCCAAUGUUCUCUCCAUGAAACUCUUGCCAGCUACAAAUUUUUUAUAGUAUAAAAUGCUCUAAGUAAGUGGAAUAUGGUCGCCUAGGUGAGCAUAGUCCUGAAUAGGACUGUUGUUAACACAAUGACUGAGUGUAGUAGUCAUCUUCAGAGACAAAGUAAGUUGUAUUUCAUCAAUAUUAUUGGCCGAUGCUCCCAUGAUACUUAUCGGUCUGCCCCUCAGCAUAUUAAAAUCUUAUUUAUUUCAGAGGUGCAGCCGGGGCGAAAGAAUCACCUCCACGGUUAGUACAAAAAGGACAUCAUUUUGUUAUGUAGAAAACAGUUUUCAAGAAAAGUCCUUGAUCCUUUCAUAAAAAUACCAGACCAAAAUAUAUUGGCAAAAAAUUUCUUAAUCAGGAUCUAAUAUUGAUAAGCCAUGCAAACUUAAAGGAAAGAAGAUAUUGUUAAUGAAAUGUGCCAACACGGAAUGUUGAAAAAUUACCUGUAGAUCUCAAAUAGAGCAUUCAUCUUCAGGUUUACAUACGAUGUCUAAUGGCCUUAGAGAAUCAGUAGCAGGCCAAGGCACACCUUACCCACACACAUGCAAAACAUAGUCAUAGUUACAAUGAAAUUAGCCUGCAAUGAGACCAUCUUGAUAGAAAAGGAGCAGAGAGCAAGUUGAGAGUUUUGCCACGUGGCAAAACCAUGGAAUUGCAAGAUGGUGGGAAGGCCAACAUGAAACCUCAACACAAGAUCCUUCUUCCAUGUUACACGUACAUGUACAAGUUAAGAUAACAAGGCUCUAACUUUGAGUGCAGUGCAGGGACAUGUCUCACUUGACUUAGAUUACAGUUAUGACAAAUUCAUCGUGUUGUCGCUUACAACUAGGCAUCAUGAUAUCAGCAAAGGCUUAGUUAUCCACUGUCACCCCUCUGACAGAUUAUAAUAAGGGAUCUUUUUGUCAAUGAGAAUUAAAAUUAUUCCUGUGAUGUCCAAAUAUGUCAAAAUGUUCAUAACAAACAUUGUUAUGCCAAUUGGAUCUUAAACUCUUGGGUAACACUACCUUUCAAAUGAUAAAAAGAUUUUAAGUUAGGUAUCACAUAUUUUGAAUCUUAAUCUUGGUCUUAUGCAACAAUCCCUCCUUAAGGUACUUGUAUAUUUCUUGUGGGUAUCACUUUUGGUCACUGUGUGUAAUGUCUGUUAACACCCACUGCUCAGAGGUAGUCAAGUGACAAAAUUGAAAGCUAAAUUAAUUAGGGCAUUUCGUUCUUUUAAAAAACGUCUUUUGCUGACAAGGUGCAAAGUUUCCUUCUCUGUAUUAUUUUGUUUAAGGCAAUAAUAAAAUUUUCAUUUUUAAAAGUUGCAUCCUUUAAGUCAUGAUUCUGUAACUGAUAUAGAGCUUUUUCAGGUAACAGGAAGAUGCGUUAUUCCAUCAUUCUGCUUUAAGACCAAUACCUGGAAUAAUACUGUAAUUUCUAAACGUUAUUCUAAGAAUGAAAUUGUGUCAUCAUUUCUGGCUGCAGUGAAAGCUUGUUUGUAUUCUUUGUUGGAAAACUCUACAAUAAUUACAAAUUUCAGGAAAGGAGAUUUUUACUCCAACUCGACCAUUGGAAAAGGCAAAGGACAAGCUCUCCCAACCAACCAAAUAUUGUCAGACAUGAUUUUGUUUACUUACUUAUUUAAUACAUUUUUUUCUAUAACUUAAUCUUUAUUUAAAAAAAUUUAGGUUUUUUUUACCAGUUUAUUCUAGGGAGCCAGCUGGGCCAUAGCUGUUGUUUUCGUUUUUAUUUAAAUAAAUGGUGAAAAAACAGUGUGAAAAUUCUGGAACUAAUUUCACAUCGCUUUUCAUAAACACUUCACUUUCCAUAAACUGUCGUGGUCUUUGUUUUCAUGGGUCAGUACACAUCAACAUUCCUGAAAUAAUUUUGGUGUUCACGGUUUUCUGAGUUUGACUAUGAAAAAACCUCUGACAGCUUUUUUACAGUUAUUUAUUACAUGCUUGAUACUGUCUCGUAUUUAGUUGUUUGUUUUUAUUUAUUUGUUAAUAGUAUUUCUGGUUUUAUUUAUAGAUCCCGCUCAGCCUCCCCUCCAUACACCCGCCGUUCACAGUCCAGGUCUCCGCCUCCCCGUCGUCGUUCCCGUUCUCCUCCUCGCCGGGAUAGGUCACGCUCACCUCGCCGUGACAGGUCACCAUAUGAUCGUGACAGAAGAGGCCGUCGCUGAUAUGACCCACACAUUUCUAUCGUUAUUGAGUAUUUCAUGAUAUAAAACAUAUGUGCACUUUUUAGCUUUCCCAUUUUGGUUUUUGCUUUACAUGUAAGAUUAUUUUUCUUGCUUAAGACGAUGUUGAUAUGGAAUGUAAAAGUGCUACACUGUACAUCACAAUGUGAAGUAUAUGAAAUAAUUCACGUUUUCCAAGUUUUGUCUUUUGUAACCAUUGUCACGGCGAUUUUCGUAUGACCUUGAAAUGAAAAUGCGCGAACCAAACUGAAACACCAAAUGGACGGAAAGAGGGCGAUUUGAUUGGUUCAUCGAACGGACACAAACGCACGUGGCAUUUGGUUAGUUAAGCCCACGGACUUUCCAAAAAUUGAUAGAUCCUUCCCUUGAUGUCAUACUGCUACACGGUUGGCCAAGCGAACAACGCCUCCUCCAUAUUAGGGUUUUCUUUUGCGGGAAAACGAACAGUCCAUGUUUUGAUCUUUCUUUUCAUCCAUUGGCUGAUAAAACAAAUAACGAACACUUACCGAAACUAUUAUUCAAGGUCAUACGAAAAUCGCUCUAACUCUUCAACUUCCAGGGGUGACCAAUCGCUAACUUCUCCCUGUAGUGAUACUGCUCAAACAAUCAUAAAGGUUGAGAGAAUAAAAGAAAUGAUCAAUAAGUGUAAAAGUUCUGGAUAGUUCAACAGAUUCUCCUCAUUAGUACCUUGGGAAGUGUAUGGAG